AUGGAUGCUGGGACAAAUUGUCCUCACAAAUUUACUCUUCAACGUAUUGAUCCUUCUUUAAUCAAAGGAUUUUGUCUUAGUGCGGUGUUUAUUCAAAAUUCUUUUAUUGAUGGUUCAACGGACGAUUUUGAUGUAGAAAAUGCCAAAUUUUGGAAAAUUUCUUUUGAUUUUGAUGACGAAUUUAGCUACGAAUUUUCUUACACCCUUACGAGAUUAUUAGAACACAAGGAAGAAGAAUAUUCAACCCAAACAGUCAAAUCUUUAAUACCUCAAUCAAAUACAGAAACAAAAUCUAUGGCAGCUAGUGCCUUGGGUCCUUUAAUCGACAAACCUGCUGUGAAUUUUGAACUUGUCCCAAAAUUGGACAUUUUUGGUGACGACGAUUUUAGUCAUGAAGGCUUGUCAGAUUGUCUCAAAUUUAUUAUGGAGGAGGGGAAUGUUUUUGAAUUUGGUGGAAAUGACUCGAAUCGUGACCAAUUACUUGUAUUAUUUUAUUUCAAAAUUUUAUCAAAAAAUCUUUUAGCGCAAGCUUUCCCUCGCCAAAUCUGCCCCACAAAAUUCUCUAACUCGUCGUUUAUCAACUUGCUUGUUAACUCGAGUUGA